CCUUUUUCAUCUCUAGGCAUGAGUUGUGAAAAACUGUCCCUAAUCAAACAUUGACCGUUUGCUAUCGCUAGAUGUCCCACUAGUCGUGACGUCUGACGUGUUCAGGCAAGGUUGUUACUUGGCGAUCAUCAUUACAGAAAUGGCUGAUGGAGGAAGCAUGGUCAAAAGUGAAGUCCUCAUUGAGGCGCUUCAGAAUUUCGUCAAAGUCGUAAGAACAAUGCUCGAAGAUGCGGAAAAGGCCACUGCUACAGGUCCUCUGCAAGGCUUUGCGACAAACAAAUUAAUGUCAUUGUUUGGAAUAAUUGAUGCAGGAGCUAACCUCUAUAAUAGCCUCUCUGUGAAUAAAAGGAGUGAAGCCGAAGACCUGUGGAAACCCCUCUACCAAAUCGCAGGUGUACGAGAUGCCGUUGAAGAGUUUUUGGAGCUGGAGGUUGAGUGGGAUGCCUUUCUUGAAAGUCUGGAUUCCAGACUGCAGAUGAGUGAUAAAGUCCUGGCAUGUACUUCUCCAGCGGAGAGACUGAGCGCUGACACCAAGGUCACAGACGCCAGGAGUGGAGAGGAAGUGACUCUGGGUCGUUACUACGGGAAAGCGGAAAAUCUACUGCUGGUCUUGAUCCGCCACUUAGGAUGACUACCGUGACGAGACCACGUGGCUGAGAUCGAAGGCCAGAAGAGCCUUCUUGAAGCUCGGUCCGUUAGAGUGGUGGUGGUCUCGUUUGGAUGUGUGGAGGGGGCCAAGGUUUGGCUUGAGCAGACGGGUUGCACAUUCGACAUGCUGCUGGACCCUGAAAGAGAGAUCUACAAAACAUUUGGUCUGGGAAGGUCAUAUGCAAAAGCAACAAAAUUCGACUGCAUGCUGAAGUAUUCUGAGUUCGUUGUACACCAGCGACAGUUUCCAGACCUUCCCCCACAAUAUAUGAAUGAUGUCUAUCAGCUGGGUGGAAACUUUCUGCUGGAUGAGGAAGGUAAAGUGAUCCUCUCUCACCCCAGCAAAGACCCACUUGACAGACCAAAGAUGGGAGAUGUCCUGGCAAGGAUCCCCUAAGGAUCUCCUGAGAGAAUCACCUGAAUGUUGGAGACGGUCCCUACAGAGGACAGUCUGGCCAGCCUUGUGUAAAUGAUGAUAUGAUCCACACUCAUAAAACAUGAAGGGUUGUGUCUGAUGGGAGUUAACAAGACCGGUUAGACUUGUGCUCUGGAUUCAGGCACCAUCUCUAACAUUCCAGUUGA